UUUCCGCUUUUACUGUGAAAAAACGCCACCCGGAAGUAGUUCAGCUAACGCAGGUAAAGAAAGCUGGUGUUACAUCCUGGUCGUUUGACAGCGUUCGUCGUUUUAUCCCCAGAAAACAAACAUGUAAGAUACAUUUACGCGGCGAGCUCUGUGUGAACAGCAGACCCAUCCGUCGCUGCUUCGGGCUGUUUAUCGGUGAGAUCCAGGCUCAGCAACGGAGAGCAGAAAAAAAGAAAACGGCUAUUCACAAUACUGUGUGUUUUAGCAUCGAAGCGCUAAUUUGCUUGACAUGUAGCUCGUGUGGAGGUUUCUGUGACAUAUCUUGAGACUUUUUAAUGUCAGUCGGUGUAAUUCGUGCUACGAGAAGCAGCCAAGCUCGCGCACUCCGCAGGCCUUAGCGUGCACUUGUUUUCUACUUUGAAACGUUAGCAGGUUCGGUGCAGCGUGCUAACAAGUCAGUUAACUCGCACUUAGAUAAGAUAAAGAGUUAGCGAGGACGCGGCAUUAUAAUGAGUUUCUUUAGUUUUGGUCAAAGCGCAGAAAUCGAUGUUGUCCUGAAUGACGCCGAAACGAGGAAGAAGGUUGAACACAAAACUGAAGAUGGGAAGAAAGACAAAUAUUUUCUUUUCUACGACGGCGAGACUGUCAGUGGAAAGGUGAAUGUGACGCUGAAGAACCCCGGAAAGAGGCUGGAGCACCAUGGCAUCAAAAUUGAAUUUGUGGGACAAAUAGAGUUGUAUUACGACAGAGGAAAUCAUCAUGAAUUUGUUUCCCUGGUGAAAGAUCUCGCAAGACCUGGUGAAAUAACUCAGUCCCAGACCUUUGACUUUGAGUUCACUCAUGUUGAGAAACCUUACGAGUCCUACACAGGCCAGAAUGUCAAGCUAAGAUAUUUUCUUCGUGCCACGGUGAUAAGAAGACUAAAUGACAUCACUAAAGAGAUGGACAUUGUGGUCCACACACUGAGCACCUAUCCUGAGCUCAACUCCUCCAUUAAAAUGGAAGUUGGAAUUGAGGACUGCCUCCACAUCGAGUUUGAGUAUAACAAAUCCAAGUACCAUCUGAAAGAUGUAAUUGUGGGAAAAAUCUAUUUUCUGCUGGUGAGAAUUAAGAUUAAACACAUGGAGAUUGACAUCAUCAAACGUGAGACAACAGGCACAGGCCCAAGCGUUUACCACGAAAAUGACACUAUUGCCAAGUACGAGAUCAUGGAUGGAGCGCCGGUCAGAGGAGAGUCCAUCCCCAUCCGAUUAUUUCUGGCUGGAUAUGAUCUGACCCCCACCAUGCGAGACAUCAACAAGAAGUUCUCGGUGCGCUACUACCUGAACCUGGUUUUGAUUGACGAGGAGGAGAGACGUUACUUCAAACAGCAGGAAAUCACACUGUGGAGAAAAGGGGACGUGGUGAGGAAAAGCAUGUCUCACCAGGCUGCCAUCGCCUCUCAGAGGUUCGAAGGAUCAGCCGCUUCAGAGAGCGCACUGGAACAGGCUGCAAAAGAGGAGAGCGGGUAGAGCUGCAGCUCUCCUCUCACGGGACUCACAAAGGGUCUGCACUGGGGUGGUGGGGGGUACAUGUGAACUGUACAACAUCUGGAGAGGCAGCUGCUUUACUUGUAGCUGCUGCUUCUGGUAAAGAAAGAAGGGAGACCGACAUACGGUAAAACUGUGUGAACUAUGAAACAGUUUGCAUGAGGCAUUCAAAUGGGCUUCAGGCUGCUGGUCCUAUCCUUCCUCAUUAAUGCAUUUUUUUUUGGGGGGGGGUUCUUUUUGGGAAUCAAAGUAAACCCAUGUCUUAUUGUUCGCUGGGUAAAACCAUGUGAAAUUGAAUUUUUAAGCCUUCUGUUUGUUACGUUCUAACACUUUUGGGAUCAAUUGAUUUCUAAUCUCAUAAUUAUUUCAAACGAAUGCUCAUCAAGUGCAUCUCCAACAUUCCACGUUUAAUGAAUGCAUUCCUAACAUUGUUCUAAGGUCAAGAAAUCCAAGAUAACUUUGCACUGCUUUACCUUGCUGAACACAUUUUUCUGUGUUUGUGUGUUUGCACAAAAAAAGGAUGGAAGUGGAAACUCUAAUCUCUCGCUGCUGUUUGAGUGAGAGAGCUAAAGUAUUAAUCCACACGUUUGUUUUUAAACCUGUAAAUAAGGCCAGUUAAACCUGUUAUCCUGUUUCCAGCUCGUGUACACAGACUAUCUAGUACACAGUGCUACAAAAUGACGUUUCAUGUCCAUAAGCUUUACCUCAGCAUUCCAGUGGUGUUAGGAAAGGAUGUCAAAGUGUUUGUCUUGAGGUCUGAUAGUAUGAAGUCUUCUGUAUCCUCUUUAUUAGAGACUUAAAAGUUGUGCCUACGUGUAUCAAGCUAAUUGAAUCCUCCUGCCUCUAACAUAAUUUUAGUCUUUUAACCAGAGAAAGUUACAGUAGAACUAUCUUUUGCAAAAUGCUACUCGAUUACUCCUUGUUCCCAAAAGUCUAAUAAAUUGAUGCCAAAUGAAUUUAAUUCUCUGUGGUUUUGUUGUGAAAAUGAAUGUGUUGACUUAAUGAACCUGAGCAUUCAUUAAAAUGUACUUGCAGCUAA